ACCAGGAUGCAUGAGAUCAGCCUUGGCGAAAUUGUCUUAGACUGAGUUGUAUGUGACAGUAAAACGCUUCAGAGAACCAAAGCAUGAAAGACGUCCCUGGAGGAUAUGGUUUUUAGAUACUUCCAAGCAAGCCAUAGGGAUGUUGUUCAUCCACUUUGCAAAUGUCUAUUUAUCAGACCUUACAGAAGAAGACCCUUGUUCACUGUACCUUAUCAACUUCUUGUUAGAUGCCACAUUAGGAAUGCUGUUAAUCUACAUUGGGAUACGUGCCGUCAGCAGCAUUGUGGAGUGGCAGCAGUGGGAGUCCCUUCGCUUUGGUGAAUAUGGGGACCCAGUGCAGUGCAGUGCUUGGAUGGGCCAGUGUGCUCUCUACAUAAUGAUUAUGACAUUCGAGAAAACCAUCAUCAUUAUAGUGCUGCUUAUACCUCAGUGGAAAGAGGUAGCUUUAUUGAAUCCCAUAGAGAACCCCCAGUUGGAGCUGGCUAUUGUCAUGCUGAUAGUUCCCUUCUUUGUUAAUGCAUUAAUGUUCUGGGUAGUAGAUAAUUUUCUUAUGAAGAAAGGGAAGACAAAAGCUAAACUUGAAGAAAAGGAAGCAGGACAAGAUUCAAGAAAUGGAAGUAAAGUCCGAUACAGGAGAGCAGCAUCACAUGAGGAGUCAGAGUCAGAAAUCCUUAUUUCAGCAGAUGAUGAGAUGGAGGAAUCAGACGCUGAAGAGGACCUGCGUAGACUGACCAACUUAAAGCCCAUUAAGAAGAAAAAGCAUCGUUUUGGUCUGCCUGUAUGACACGUUCCCCGACCUGUGUAUGUGCAGGUUUCGUGGCAAAAACUUCAGUCAGUGGGUUUUAAUGUUGCAAUUGCAUCUCCCUUUUCAUACAAAGGCAAAGUCUGCCAACAGAAGGCGGUCGGCUGGAAGAUUUCCAGUCCAGUUGCACUACAGACACACUGACCAAUUAUGCAAGAAUGUCUUUUCAUCACGUGUGAAAAACACAGCGUUGUUGAGGACCAGGUGCUGGGGGGAUUUGUAUCUGAUAUUUCAGAGAAGAUCAUAGAAAACAGAUACAGUUUAAGAUGUUCUCCAAAAGGCAUCAGAAUCAACUAAGUUAAAGGAGUGUGUUUUAUUACUAAAACUGGCUUUUGCAGCAUAAUUCCUAGAGCAGAAUAGUUUAUGGUUACAAGCUGUAACUUAACAUUAUUUUUUUAAGUACAAAUGUUUACUUGCUACCGGGUACCUAUGGAACUAAUAGGUGGAACAAAGAUUUUUUUCCAAGGCUCCUCAAAUCUAUUUGACUAUUUUAUAUUUAAGUUAUAUUUUCAUACAGUUGUAUUUAAAGAUUCUCUUUGUCGGAGAAAAGGGUGUGGUUCCCUUUUUUGUGCAGAACAGGUCAAAAGAUUUGUAGUGAAAAUCUUAUUUAUCCUUGUGUCCUGGUUUAAGACAAAGGGAUUGCAAAGGGAAAAGCUCUCUGUCACUGCUGAAGUCACCAAAUAUCACUAAAAAUGCAGUCCUAAAUGUGCUUUUGACCACAUAAUUUGAAAAUACCUUUUUUUUUUUUUUAAUAGGAGGUGGUGUUUGCAUAUUUGACAAACGUGCACUUUAGUGUAUAACAAAAAUCUGUUGUGAUAGGUUAUUUGUGAAAUUAAUAACUAUGGAUGACACUAAUUAUUUCUGUUUGUGCAAGUCUCUUGUGCAUACCUCUCAAAUGACCCAAAAGAGAUGGAACAUUUCUUGUACUUUUCCCUGCAGUGCUGGACCGUGAUCUGACUGAAACAGUUCUGCUACAGUAUUGCAAAUAAUUCUGUCCCAUGGUUUUUGUUGAGAAAACAAUCUUCUACUUAAUACGCUUAAAAAAAAUAUCUCCUGCUUAAUUUCCAUAAAGUUUGAUUAUUCUUUAGUAGUGAGUAAAAAAAAAAAACCUCGAGAGGUAUAAUACAGUUGUUACUACAGAAUUUUUGUCAUUUUCAGUGUGUGUCUUUUGAUAAUACGUGCUUAUCUGAAACCUAGCAGACAUGUCUUCAGUGACAUCCUUUUGCUUUGAAUAUUUUCUUAAAUGAUUGUUUCUGACAGCUUUCCUUGUGUAGUUAAACCUUGUGCAGGACAAGGCAAUGUGUCAAAAAGGUGACAACAGACCUUAAUUGCAAAUCUGUUGUAGUAUCUGGACAUCGGAAAUGUUCCAAGCCUUAAACUAAACAGUUUCAUUGGAAAACUGCUCAGAACUUUUUAAGAUUUUUUUACAUUUUUUAUAGAUUUACUAGGUCUUAAUGUGAUUUGUUAUCCAGACCACUUAAAUGGGGUUCUUGGGCCUUAGUAAAUACUGAACUGUGCGCUCCUGUACUUAUUUUCACUAUUCCAGCAUUCCUUUUCACUGCAUGGCUGCCGAGGUGGACACAAUGUUCCCAGACUUCAGGUACACCUCAGCCUGUCCAGCUGGCCAGAAGGGACAUUUUACCAAACGUUUGUGAGUUUAGUUGAGCCACUGACCUCUGUUACUGUGCACUGAAAUGUAAUAACUGCAAUAAGUUUAAGUACUAGUGUUUCUUAGAAUCAUAGAAUGGUUUGGGUUGGAAGGGACCUUAAAGACCAUCUGGUUCCAACCCCCCUGCCCUGGGCAGGGACACCUCCCACUAGACCCAGUUGCUCUUUUAGACUAAAUCUAGAAACAAAUGACAGUGGAAGGUUGAGUUAUUCUGAAAUGGGGGGGUGGGGGUAUGGGGAAAUAUCCCUAAUCAGUGUUGCCUCUGUUCUGGGUUUUUUGGGUUUUUUCAUUGAUUGUGUGACUUCUCUUGACUAUUUGCCACUGGGUGGGCGCAUAUCUCCAAAAGCACAGUACUUCAAGGAAUUCAUUUUCAUGAACAGAAUAGUCUCAUACAGCUCACUUUUCCAAAGGGAUUUAAGAGCUAGGACUGGCUCUUGUCACAGAUGUCAGCAUUUAUUUUUUUAGCAUAGGAUUUGUUCUAUUUCAGAUAGUGAAAUAAAGCUAUUCAACACGUGCUUCAUGCCACUGCACAGCCACCGCUGUCCUCGUCAUCCGUCAGAGAUAACUGAGCAGCGCACACAAAUUUAACUGUACGAGCUUUCAUUUUAUCUUCCUUUUCCCUCUUCUUCUCCGGUAACUGAAAUUAUCAGAAUUAUUUCUAGUUCCAGUCUCAUGUUUAAUCUGUGAAGUGUCAGUAUAAAACUAUGGCCUUAAUCAUGUAAAAAUAUUUGUUUUGAGCAGACCUCAAAGUUAUUGACCAAGUACAAAACAGUGUAAAGCACUAUGGAGCAGUUUCUUGAAGAUGGUUAUAGCAAAGGUAUACGAAUUCCCAAUUUUUCAUGUCAUAAAGUGCUUAAAUGUCACUUGUUUUGAGAUUUUGGUAUGCCCAGUGAGAUGAUGUAGUAAAGCACUAUGAGCCAAAGAGACAGAAGUAUUAUAAAUACCACAGUAGUAACAGGAGGAGCAUAUCUUUGGGGGGUGGGAGGGAGAGAAACAACUCUAACCUUCUCUACUAAGAUAAAAAUUUUAUUUGCAACCUUAGCCAAUAACAAAAAUGGGGUUUUUUUUCUAGUCAGUCUUUUUUUAUCAUGUGAAAGAGAUGGAAAAUGUGAAAUUGGCAGUUUUCUUCUUUGCAAGAUAAAAAUUGGAAUUCUUGCAGAAGGUACAGGUGGGAUGGGUGCUCUUGGCUGAAGAACUUGUAUGUGUGAGAAGGAAGUAUGUGCCUAGUGCUUCACUAUGUCUUACUGUUCGUUGAAAUGUAUUGGCAGCACAGUCCAAAAUAAAUUUUUCGUAAAGAGUUGAUCCAGUAAUAAUGUUACAAGAUGACAACAUUUGCAUUAUCCUCAAAUUGGCGCUCGAAAUUUAUGCCUGGUAAAUGGACUUUGGGACAACUCACAGCAAAGGUUUAAUUCGGGCUGUGCUUAAAAAAAUGUGAGUCUGUUUAAUGAAAAUAAGCUACGUAGUAUAUGCCAAAGUAAGAAAAAGGGAUUGUAACUUAGAGAAGAGACAGAGAAGUAUUAGUGGAGAUCAAAUUUACCACGAAUGGUCAACCUAAAUGUAUUAACUGUUCCUAGUAUCUGACCUGUGACACAUCUGCGUAAACUUAAAACACUGGUGUUGUCUAAUACGUGGUUUUCAAGUUCUGGCUUUAAUACGUUCAGGUCCCCUUGUCUUACUUUGAGUAGGUAAAUGCUGUAUGUUCUUGUUGCUAACUAAAAUGUACUAUAGCUUUUCUUCAGGGAAAACUCAGAAAUUGAGUUGCAAAUUAAAGCAAUGCAAAGUGAUCCCCUCCGGCAGGUGUCUGCUCCGAUGCUGGGGAGGGAGAUGUGGGCUCUCGCGCUCUGCGGGGGGCCGAGCAUCACUCGAAAUUUCUGCCACUGUGCUUGACUAACCCAUGUUUGCAACUUUGCUGUGCUUUUUACAGGGGAAACCAGUAACGAAAGCGAGUAAGUUCAGCCGCGUCAAGUCAGAGUAGAUCUACAGCAUAGGCGUGCAAACUUUUUUUAGGUAAAGUUUCCAGUUCAAUUACUGAAAAUGACUACUAUGGUUUUACAAAGUAAAACUGCAGUAUCUUUAAAAAAGGGACUCUUUUGUAGGUGUUUUUGUCUUGCGUGGGUAUCUGUCUCAAACUGAAUGUUGGGUUUGUUUGUGAGUAAAUUCAGAGUAUAGCCUAUGUGAGCGAAACCAACAGCUGUAUUCUGCUGCCCUCUGUUUGGACCAUAUUGUUUAAUCAGUGGUGUUACCUUUAACUUUUAAGGGUAUCUGAUGUAAUUACAUUGUAUAAUGGUUUACAAUAAAGUUUGACUUAUUACAGA